AUGGUCAAUUACGAGUUCAUGAAGCAGUUCAAUUUCGUUGGCUUACGCGUAGACGCCGCCCUGCGGCGAUUCCUCAGUCACCUGUGGUUGAGAGGCGAGACAGACGAACGUGAAAGAAUCAUCGCUAACUUUUCUCGCCAUUACCGGGAGAUGAACCCAAGUCUUUUCGCUUCGGAUGAUGAAGUCCACACGUUGGCCUGCGCACUCUUACUGCUUAAUACCGAUCUUCAUGGCCAGAACGUAGCGAAAAAGAUGUCGUGCCACGAUUUCAUCGAAAAUACGUCUCAGACAGGCAUCCACUUUUCCAGAGACCUGUUGAAAACGCUUUAUUUUAAAGUCUAUUGCGCUUGGUGCAUUUCAGUUGUCUUGAACUAUAAUCGACAUUUAGUAAUCCUCAUUGAAUGUUUAACCCAUAUUUUAAUAGUAACAUUGAUGAUUCCAGACCCGGAUUCCCAAGUCGAGUACAAGAAAGGUUGGGUAUUGAGGAAGUGCAUCGUCGACAGCGACGGCCGCAAAAUGCCGUUGGGACGUCGCAGCUGGCGCAUGUUUUACGCCACCCUGAAAGGCAUGAUCAUUUACUUGCAUAAGGUAGCGUCGUACCACACGUUCCGCAACGCCAUUCGUAUACACCACGCUUUCUGUGAACGCGCCGGCGAUUAUACGAAGAAGCAGCACGUGUUCAGAUUGUACACGGCCACUUUCGCUGAGUACCUCUUCCAGACGAGGUGCGUGAAAGAGAGUGUCAUGUUUCUGUACCGUAAUUUAAAAAUGAUUUAUGAAUGCGCAGUUUUUUGUCUCAUUCGAGUUUCUCCUUUAGUUUUAAACUUCCAGUCUUCAUCAUCAUCUUCAUCUUCCAUCGCCGCUUCUCCUUUCGGGUCGCGGAGGCAGACACGUCAGACAGUGCUU